AUGAGGUCCUACGCAGUGCUAGGCGGAACAGGUGCCACCGGAUCCAGAAUCACAAAGCAACUCCUACAGGAAGAGGAUGUUCAUCUGAAUGUGUACGCGCGAUCCAGGCAAAGGCUCGAGGCAAAGAUCCCACUACUGGCUACAUCGUCGCGUGUCCAGAUAUUCACAGGUUCAAUAACCAACAUCGAGAUCCUCGCGGACUGCCUGAGCGGUGUUGAUGCGGUCUUUGCCACUGUUGGAACCAAUGUGAAUGAACCUGGCUGUUCCGUUGCACAGGAGGUUUCCUCCUCCAUCGUUGCCGCGUUACUCAGACUCCGCUCGCAGGCCCCGCGCAAUGUGAGUACCGGCGCCGCUUGGACGUGUCCGACCCUGGUAUUUCUUUCGUCUACCGGUGUCAAUCCUCUCAUCUUCGGAAAGGAGCCCUUUCUACUAAGGUUCAUUGUUGCUAGGAGCUGUUCCUAUAUAUACCACGACUUGAAGUUGGCCGAGAAAUAUUUGAGGGGCCAUGACUGGAUACCCUUGGCUUUCGUGCAGCCAGGCGCUAUAGUGCACGACCAGGCCUAUGGUGCGAGACUGGCUGAGAAUGAGGCGACCUCUAGGGUCAGCUAUGAGGACUUGGCCAGUGCUAUGAUCAUGGCGGCUGAAGGGAAGGUGGAUGGAAGUGAUGACACAAGCAAUAGAAGGAAGUGGGCCGGGAAGAGUAUCGGUGUUGUUAGCCUUGGGGGGGAGAGGGUUGUGCCCGCCAUUAGGAAUUUGAAGUAUCUGAUUCCUGGUCUUGUCUGGUAUUUCUUACCAUUCUUAUGGCAUUGGUCAAAGUUUCUAGGACUGCAUUAA